GGGGCCGCUGUCACAUGGUUUGUGUUUGCGGAGAGAAGUGUUGCAACUGGAGGCGCAGUUACGUGCGCGCGGAAGACUGCGGGAGCAGCGGCGACUAUGGAGAUUCCAGCCAUUAACUUGAAGGCCAUAGUCUUGGUCCACUGGCUGCUGACCAUCUGGGGCUGCAUGUUUAGCUGGCUGCCUGCCUCCUAUGCCUGGGGGAACUUCAGCGUACUGGCCCUUGCUGUGUGGGCUAUUGCUCAGAGGGACUCCAUCGAUGCCGUGCUGAUGUUCCUGAUCGGGAUGAUGGUGACCGUGCUGACAGAUAUCAUCCACUUUGGUAUCUAUUACCCGUUGGCGGAGAACCUGUCGGAGAGGAAUCGGGACACAUUCCGCUUCAGCGUAGGCAUGGCCAUCCUCAGCCUGCUGCUCAAACCCAUCUCCUGCUUCUUUGUGUACCAGAUGUACCGUGAAAGAGGUGGUGACUACAACGUCAACUUCGGGUUCCCCGGUAUCACUCGGAAUCGAGACGCUUACCAGUCCAUUGACCAGGAGGACCAGUCCAGCAGUUCAGCCAACCCGUUCAACCAAGCAGAAGACUGCAAGCCUGGACAAAGGUCCUACUGACAGACACUUCCAGAGGCACAGAUAAACCCUUAAAUAGCUUGCACUGAGUUUUGUGUGUGGGGAAACAUAAAUGACAGUGCCUUCAGGGAUACAAAUAGAAGUGAAGAACAGCUGGAAGUGUGUCUGGGAAAAGGUUGAACCACCCAGUAGAUUGCUGUCCGUUUUGAGUUUGUUUAGGCUCCGCCCGUUUCUGCACUCUAUGUUUGUGAGAUUUUCACCAAAGAAAACUCAAGAAUUGUAAAGCAUGAGGGACACAAGAAGCCCUUCAGAUAGGAGUUACCCUUCAUAUGAACUACCGCUUUCAAUGCCUGCAUGACAUCCCUCGAGGUGUUGUCAUAACAGCCUGUGAUAGUUUGAUAGCAUUCAUAUUCUUUCCUUAAACAUGUCGUUGUUUUACAUUCUUUACACCUUUGUAACAAAAUAGUCGUCAGCUGUUGAUGGCAGCUCUCAUAAAGUCUCGGCAUAUUAUAUUUUCGACCUGAAAGUGUAGUUCACGUGAAGUAAAUGAUAACAUAUUAAUAUGCAGUACAUGUUCUAGUCUUCUUGACAAGUGGUGGAUUUCAAAGUAUUAACUACACUUGCAGAAAAAAGACUCACUGCAGAUAAAUACUAGUGUGUGACAAAGUUCACGAAUGAGAUAGUUACUUGCGUUAUAUUUGAAGCUCACCUUAAGUAAUGAUAUUGAUAUGUUUAAGCAUUCUGAUUUAUUUAAAGACCUUGGAGAAGGUGUUGUAAUGCAGCCUUUAAAGUGUAAAUUCUCGUAAAUUGCACUUUUGCAGUUCAACCUCUUAAUAACUGUAGAGCACUAUUAAGAAGGAGCCAGAUUAGUUAUCUGGAAACCAAUCCUAGGAGUGUCUUUCUGCUGAUGCUAUUUAAACUUAAUUUCUUCAAAAUAUAUAUGUAGCUACAUCGGUUUAAGCUGUUAGAUUGUUAUAUAUCAUAGAUAUUUCUGCAAUGUUGUCACCCCUGUGCAAUAUUCCAGACAGUCAAUGCUGAUGCUAAGAUUGCUGAGAGUCUUAAUACUGAAGCACUACGGUAACUGUAGAUCUCCAGGUAACACCUCUGAAGGAUCACUACUGAACGCAUUAGUAACUUCUACACCUCUGUGCCAGAUCCUUGUGAAAUUCUGAGCGUUGAGGACCAGGCUCCUGUCGAAGCUCUAGUACUUUGUGCCGUUCAUCAGUGGAAGCUCUUGGUCUCUGUGGUACACCCCAUGGAAGAGGAGUAACCUUUUGUUCUUGUUUCUUUCUCAUUCUCUUGCCUCAUCCUUCUUGUUCUAGGUUGAAAACAUGGGGAGGCAGACAUUUUGGUGUCCUGCCCUAUGCUUGCAGUCAUUCCAUUUUACAUUUAAUCCAAGCCAGUCCUCCUGUUUACUUUCCUGGCGCAUUAGCGCAAUUGCAGGUCUCCAUAGAAACCAUGUUCCAUCCACAGGGAAGUACAGCUUGGUGUCAUUUGUCUAUAUUAAGUGUUGCAGAAGAGAACUGUGUGUUGUUAAUUGAAUUCAUAUCAAUAACCGUCCUGCUUCUUAUGUGAUAUGACAAGUCUUUGUUGACAGACCCGGGAAAGACAUUGUUCUUCCAAUGUCUGAAAAUAUGUGGGUCAUCAUUAUGCUGCCGUCAUUACUGCCAUUUCAUUUCAAGUGAAAUUUUCACGUAUUGUAUGCUUGUGAUUUUUAUUGUGGAGAGGCGACUGAAGGUUUCAUCCUAAACUCUUAUGUAAUUCAGUGUCCUCCCCAUUGGGACUUGGGGUCCUCGUCCAGCAUGAUCCCCACUGGACUGAGAUGGGCAAACUGUUUGUGGUCCACCCCACAACUGAAAGCUAAAAUAUUUUUUUAACUUAAUAAUUCUUGUUAAACUAGAUUUGAAGAAUGUUCUUUAUACAGUUUACGGUGAAACAUUUUCAUGGCUAUGUUGUCUUGAACAUAUCAGUGUAAACUGCUCAGUGUUUAACUGCUUAGAACAGUAUUAGGGACAAGACUUGAAAUGGUGGCACUUAAAAUAGCUUCCUUUCAAAUUCUUUGUCUUAAUUGUACAAUUUGCUGCAACUGGUAGCUUAGGGGAGAACACACAUCUGUAUAGUGAAUAAUCAAAAGAGCUACCUGUAGCUCCUGCACUGAUCUGUUACAUUGAGCUACUGAUGCAGGUUUAUUAUAAAAAUGGUUCUUUCCCUAUUCUGCUCUGUUCCAGAGGAUCAUAUUCACUGUAUAAUGAACAAAAUUUCAAAGAUAUUUUGAAAGUGUGAAAUUGGCUGUUACUGUAACUUACCAAAAAUAAA